AUGAUCCUGUACGGGACGGCCUGGAUGACGACCAGCUUGGGGCCCGUGGCCGCCGCCGGGGUUAUCGGGCAGCCUCUCUCCCGAGCGCUUGUCGCGACCUGCGCCGCGCACGCUUCGUUCGCGGCGAUCAAGUUCUCCUUGGCCAUCCUGGCCAUGUCUAACUUCCCCCCCGUCUACGCACCGCCUCCUCGUCGUCACCCCAACAACAAGCCCACGCCACCCACCACUCCCAGGAACAAACCGCCGCCAAAGGCCCCGCGGCGAAAGCUGGAAUUCCCCUCUCUUUCGCCCAGGCGGAGAGGCCCGCCCGCUCCGGUUUCAGCAGUACCGGGGACGAGAAUACAAGUGCGUCGGUCGGCGAGGUCGGUGCCAAAGCUGUGGCUGAUGGCGUUGACCGCCGCGGGGGGUCCGGCGAUGGGGGCCGUGGGCUCGGCCGUCGCGUGGAAAGCGGGGUUGGUCGCGAUGCCGGCGGCGCUGUCGUCGCUGUCGAGGGGCUCCGUGAUCUCCGCGCUGCUGGCGGGGACGCUCUGCUACGGGGGAGCGGGGACGGAGGUAGUGGCGCGGUGGGCCGUGUUCCAGGGCAUCAUGGGGGCGCCCUUCGCGGCGCUGCUUUCCCCUAGCGCGCUGAUGUUGGUGUACUUGUGCAACUACUAUUGGCGGGUGGCGAAAUCGCGUCGAAGUGGGCCUGGGUCGCUCCCCCCCGGGGUGGGUGCAAAUGCCAAGGGAGGGGGCGGAGCACCCAGCGUCGGGGUUGAGCAGGAGGGGAAGGACGCCGGGGACGAGACUGAUGAAGCGGAAAAGGGGGACACAAAGGCCAAGGAGAAGGACAAAUAA